GAGUAGAAAAUGAAAGAAAAUUUUAGAGGAUGAAGGAAAAUCGAAAAUCCAUCAAAGCCUUAUCGCCAGUAUAACUUUGUCAGGCACAGAAAUAGCCACACAUGCCCCAAUUGGCCAAACAAGUUUAUAGCCUAUAUAUUAUCCCCACCUUCACAACCACAGAACUAUUUUCUUAUUUCUCUAUCCCUCUCACUCUCUCACUGUCUAUUUGUCCCUCAGCCACUGCACCCAUUGAAGUGUUUUGAGUUCCUAACUAACAGUUUCUUGAGGAGAGGUAAUUCCUUUUCUUGUCGAAGACUUUUUAAGUGUUUGAAAUUUGGAGUUUCAGUCUUCUCGCAUCCAGUUUCUUUUUUUAUUUUUGUUUUUUAUUUGGUGGGUAUACGAUAUUGCUGUAUUUGUUUGAAUUAUUUCCAUUAUUGGGUAUUGUUGAAUUUUGCUUCUGGUUGUGGGGAUUGUGCUUAUAGUUGAGAAUUUUUUGUGGGAAUUGUGUGUGGAGAGGAUAUGAUUGUAGUUUAGAGUUUAUAUGGUGGUGUGUUGUGGGCCUGGCUUGUUUUUGUGGGCUCCAUGCUAGUGGUAGCUGGAAGCAUGCAAGGAACAAUGACCUCUCUAACUUCCCUGGUCAGUUUGGGAAGUGUUAUGGUUGUGGGUUCAUCUGAAAGGUCCCGUUCACUUGUUAGGAGUGUCUCUUUGUCUAAGAGAAGUUUUAGGGGUAAGAGGAGAUGGCAUUAUGUGUCAUUUUCCGUCUGUAAAUAUUCAGUCACCACAACUGAUUUUGUUGCCGAACAUGGCAAUGCGGUGUCACUUGAUUCUAACACUUAUAGUGGAGGUAAAGAUACCAAUGGCGGAGCUGAUUUUGUACUUAAGCCUGCCCCAAAGCCACUAUUGAAGUCCGCAGGGUCCAAUGCUGAACCCCUUUUGGAUAUGAAUCCAAUGGCUUGGGAUCCAUCAAGAAUUAGUGGGGAUUCUGAUGAUGAGGAGUUGGGUACUGAAGAAGAGAGGAGUAAGGUGAUUGAAACACUUGGAGAGGUUUUGGAAAAGGCUGAAAAGCUAGAAACUUCAAAACCCAGUCAAGUGGGUAGUAAAAAAGAUAGUGUAUCUGAAAACAAACAUUCACCAUCUAAUAAUAGUAGUACUAACUCAAGAAAUCUGGAACCUGUCAACUCGGCGAGAAAUCGAAAAUCCAAAACAUUGAAGAGUGUGUGGCGCAAAGGAGAUACCGUUGCAAAUGUGCAAAAGGUUGUGAGGGAAUCGUCAAAGCCUAUUGGUAAGAUUGACAAAGAAGAACCUAAUUCUGGGGAAAAAUUGAAGGUAGAAUCUCAAGCAGUUGGUCCUUUAAAGCCUCCUCAGCAACCUUUGAGACCCCAACCAAAGCUACAAGGAAAGCCUUCUAUUGCUCCACCUCCAGUAAUAAAGAAACCUGUUAUCUUGAAAGAUGUGGGGGCAUCUCCAAGGUCAGCAGUGGUUCGUAAAACCGAUUCAUCUUCGAAAACUCAAGAACGAAAGCCAAUUUUGAUUGAUAAAUUUGCUCCCAAGAAACCAGUGGUUGAUCCUCUGAUUGCUCAAGCAGUUUUAGCUCCUACAAAGCCUGCAAAGGGUCCUCCACACGGAAAAUUCAAAGAUGAGUACAGGAAGAAAAAUGUUCCAGCUGGAUCCCGGAGGCGGUUGGUUGAUGAUGAUGAUGUAGAGAUUCAUGAUGAGGAGACAUCAGAACUCAAUGUCUCCAUUCGUGGAGCGGCCACUGCCAGGAAAGGGAGGAAGUGGAGUAAAGCAAGCAGGAAGGCAGCUAGGCUUCAGGCUGCUAAAGAGGCCGCUCCUGUCAAAGUAGAAAUCUUAGAGGUUGGUGAAACAGGUAUGUUGAUUGAGGAGUUAGCCUACAAUCUGACCAUCAGCGAAGGUGAAAUUCUUGGGCUUUUGUACUCAAAGGGAAUUAAGCCUGAUGGGGUUCAAACUCUGGACAGAGAUAUUGUUAAGAUGGUUUGUAAAGAAUAUGAUGUGGAAGUCUUAGAUGCUGAUUCUGUGAAAGUGGAAGAAAUGGCAAGAAAGAAGGAAAUUCUCGAUGAAGAUGACCUGGACAAGUUAGAAGACAGGCCUCCUGUUAUAACCAUAAUGGGUCAUGUGGAUCAUGGCAAGACAACCCUCUUGGAUUAUAUCCGGAAGACCAAGGUUGCUGCAUCAGAAGCAGGUGGAAUUACACAAGGGAUUGGGGCAUAUAAAGUGUUAGUACCUAUUGAUGGCAAGCUGCGACCAUGUGUGUUCCUUGAUACUCCUGGUCAUCAGGCUUUUGGAGCUAUGAGAGCUCGUGGAGCAAGGGUGACAGACAUUGCUAUCAUUGUAGUGGCUGCAGAUGAUGGAAUCCGUCCUCAAACUAAUGAGGCUAUAGCUCAUGCCAAAGCAGCUGGAGUACCGAUAGUGAUAGCUAUAAACAAGAUAGAUAGAGAUGGAGCUAAUCCGGAACGAGUCAUGCAAGAGCUUUCUUCCAUUGGUCUGAUGCCAGAGGAUUGGGGUGGCAACACCCCAAUGGUCCAGAUUAGUGCUCUUAAAGGGCAAAAUAUCAAUGAUCUUCUGGAAACCAUUAUGCUUGUUGCAGAAUUGCAAGAAUUGAAGGCUAACCCUGAUAGAACUGCAAAGGGCACAGUCAUUGAGGCUGGUCUCCAUAAAUCUAAGGGACCAUUAGCUACAUUUAUUGUGCAAAAUGGCACCCUCAAAAGGGGGGACAUAGUAGUUUGUGGAGAAGCCUUUGGCAAGGUGCGAGCUUUAUUUGAUGAUGGGGGAAAUCGUGUUGAUGAAGCUGGACCAUCUAUACCUGUUCAGGUCAUUGGAUUAAAUAAUGUUCCAAUUGCUGGUGAUGAAUUUGAGGUUGUUGACUCCCUUGAUGUUGCACGUGAAAAGGCAGAGUCCUGUGCUCAGUCAUUGCGGAAUGCACGUAUAUCAGCUAAAGCUGGGGAUGGGAAAGUUACUCUUUCUUCCUUAGCUUCUGCUGUUUCGGCAGGAAAGCUGUCUGGAUUAGACUUGCACCAGCUAAAUAUAAUUAUGAAGGUUGAUCUUCAGGGAUCUAUUGAGGCUGUAAGACAAGCCCUACAGGAGCUCCCACAGGAUAAUGUCACUUUGAAGUUUCUAUUGGAAGCAACAGGUGAUGUAAGUACCAGCGAUGUUGAUCUUGCAGCUGCUAGCAAGGCCAUUAUCCUGGGCUUUAAUGUCAAGGCACCAGGUUCUGUGAAAAGCUAUGCAGAUAAAAAAGGCAUUGAGAUUCGACUAUAUAGAGUAAUAUAUGAACUUAUUGAUGAUGUGCGAAAUGCAAUGGAAGGACUUCUAGAGCCUGUUGAGGAACAAGAAACAAUUGGGUCAGCUGAAGUUCGGGCCGUAUUCAGCAGUGGCAGUGGCCGUGUUGCUGGAUGUAUGGUAACUGAGGGAAAAGUUGUUAAAGGCUGUGGCUUUCGGGUCAUUCGUAAGGGCAAAGUAAUUCAUACUGGCACUAUUGAUUCUUUGAGACGGGUGAAGGAGAUUGUGAAAGAGGUAAACACUGGACUUGAGUGUGGAAUUGGGUCUGAGGAUUACAAUGAUUGGGAGGAAGGAGAUAUGAUUGAGGCCUUUGAAAUGGUUCAAAAGCGGCGGACCCUUGAAGAGGCAUCGGCUUCAAUGGCAGCUGCAUUGGAAGGAGUAGGCAUGGAAUUGUAGAAAGCUGCAUGGAGUUACAGAUUUGCCAGUGCUUUUCUGGGACAAAAAUAUCAAAUUUUGAUUUAACCUCGACAGUUGUAUCACUAGCCUUCAGCAGGCAUGCAUCAGAAAGCUCCCACCCACGCGUAAUUUAUUUCAAGUGCGGGGUGCUUAGAGGAUCUAUUUUGGCACGGAAUUAUUUAUGUUGUAUGUUAUUGCAGUGUACAUAAUUGUUUAUCUUGUAAUUUUAGCUUCUUUGUAAAGAUGAAAAUCAUUCAUUGAAUUUCUCUAAAGUUAUAUCUGAAGAAA